GGGAAAUCGACGAUGGAGAUUGGUCACACCGACGGCCACAUCAAAUCUGGGGUCUAGCGUGUGACCCUGUUAAUUUUUUCCUACAAUAAAAUAGCUGUGUAAUUCUAGUGAAGUUCUGCUUUGACUAAAUAGAAAUACAGUAAGAUUAUAGUGUUAUUUAUGUGUAUAAUAUGGAACGUGCAACAGGAACAGAGGUGUUCGGGUGUGGCUCAACCCAUUCCUCGGACAUAACGCUGAAUAUACAAACGACGACUGGUGGUAAUUUCUCCAUUAGUGUGAACUGUAAAAAUUCAGUGGAGUACCUGAAGAAACUCGUUUCGAGGAAAUUGAAAGUGUCCAAGGAUCGAAUAUGCUUGUUACAUCGCGAAAGACAACUUAUUGAUGGGACUUUAGAAGAAAAUGGCCUACUGGAUGGGUCGCGUGUCAUUUUGCUGCCGAGCGUCGAAACUGGACUCUUGACACAUAGAUCAGAGAACUCAGUAAUGCAAGCAUUAGAAACUUUAAAUGACAAUCAAGUGAAUGACUUUUUGAGUGGAAGGUCACCCUUGAAUCUUACCAUGAGGCUAGGGGACCACAUGAUGCUAAUACAGCUACAGUUAUCAACCCUCAACUCUAGUCGUUCAUUGAGAAAUUCAGCUAAAACCUCUCAAGCAAAAGCUGAGUCCAAGGAAGCAACUAAUUCCCAAGCUUCUGCCCAAAAGGCUCAAGCAGACACUGCCUCUUCUAGUAAAGACAAACACAAAGAGGAGUUACGUUUUGAAAAACACGAUUUAGAUUUAUUGCAAAAUGCUUUUGACUUGUACAGAUCUAUGGCUGAAGAGAAGUAUGGUGACAAAAGUGACACAAACAAAGAGGAUGGAAAUUCCUCAAAUUGUACUUUGUCAGAUCUAGCUGAAACCUCUGGGGAAAGUGAUCAGUCACCUAUUAAGUCCCUAUCAAAUCUGGUGUCUAGUCCAAUACACUCUACCCCUGAGAACAGAGAUGCUAAGGCUAUUGCAAAUUCAGUGAAAAGCAGCCUGCUUGACUUGUUAUCAAAUAAAUCUUCCAUUGAUAUGCCUUCUACGAGCUCAUGUGACAAGCCAUGUGCUUCUACAACACACACUGAUAGUUCUAUGAGUGAUGAUAGUGAUAAUUUUACAGAGCAAAGUUCAUUUCUUGCCGAGAAUACAAUAGAUGAAUAUCCUAUGGAGAAUUUAUUUAACAGUGCAGUUGACAAAGGCCUAUUUACUGAACAUGACGAAACAAUGAUGGACCGUGAGAUUUCUAACUUAGCCACAACCAGCCAUGGCACACAAGAAACCACAGCAGGACCACUGCCGUCAUUCCAGAGCAUCAAUGAGCCAUUGAAAAAUAAGCGUUUUCAAUAUUUACUUCACAAGACAUCAAAGUUUAAGCAUCCUAUCAGUCAGAAUAAGCAGAAGGCAUUUUUGCAAGUGGCAAAUAAGAAAAGAAGCAUACAAAUAGAAAGUGUCACUCCACAACCGUCUACCUCAAAGUCAGAGCCUUCAGUGACAAAGAUUGCUACGGGCAGUCAGACUGAAAUAUAUGCAAUACCCUCGACUUCUAAGCAAACACCUAUCGCAUCCACAUCAAGUGAUGAAAUUCCUGUUAUAGACACCAGUGCUCUUAAAGAAGCAUCCAGGAGCCUCACUCAAAAGCUACGGAAACUCUCAAAGGAGGUUUUGACAAAAAAAAUUGAUAUCAAGACAUUAGAACAGUCAGUGCGCUCCAAAAUUAGUCCGGGUGCUGUUAUUGAGUCUAUGAAACAUCACGGCCGAGGAAUUUAUUCUGGAACAUUUUCUGGUACAUUGAAUCCUGCCCUUCAAGACAGAUAUGGCCGACCAAAGAGAGAUAUAUCCACCAUCAUACACAUUCUAAAUGACUUGCUGUGUGCCACGCCACCUUUAGGACAGAGGGAUUUGAAACACAGCUGUAGUGGCCAACUGGACGACAAAUGCCCAAAUUGCAGUCAAGCGACCUGUUCCUACGGUCAAUGCGAUGGACAUCCGUCCACAUCAAGAAAGUCAUGUACAUGUGCCAAGGAAUGCCACUGUAGCCGUUUAAACCCACCAGUUUGUGCAAACUGCGAAGGCAAAAACGAACUAUGCCAAAAGUGCACACUGGCCAAAACUCUAGCGAUCGAAAAUACCAAAACAAAAUGCAAAUUGGAGCAAUUAAGGCUGGUUAUGCAGCAGAAGAAGCAAAGAAGAGAGGCUCGCAAACUCAAGACUCUGCCGUACAAACCCCCUAAGCCGAUACCAACUCCUGAACAGGAAGAGAUUGAAACUAUCGCUUAGUGAAUUAAUCUAUACCGAGACAGCACAGCAGUAUUAUAUUGCUUAAUCUUGCUUUUCGUCACUUUAACAUUUGCAUCAAUAUUUAUAUGAUUGAAGUUGAUAAGUCUUUUCAGCAUACUUCUGCAAUUCAUCGAGUUACUUCUUUUUUGACAGGAUUUUAUUGUAAGCAAACAAAUCAAACCUUCAAUCAUAUAAACAUUGACCAUGGUGCUAAUUAUGAUACAUACACCUAAAUAUGUCUAAAUUAUCAGUUGUUCCUUUGUUUUAAUCCGUUAAGUAGAACUAUUUGUUUUUUAAUCACAUUUUGUUUGGUUUUUGUAUCUACCAACAUGAAAUAAUAUCUCAAUGCCAAUCAAAGUUGGUUGGUUCAUUGGUUCACCAUUAAAUCACUAAACGGUAUAUUUAAUUUAAUAUUUUUAUCAUACUUUUGGCAGAUAUUUUUAGUAAAAAAUAUCUGUCAUCAAAAUUAGCACCAACAGCAUUUUGUUUGCGGAUAACAAGUUGGAUUGAGGCGUUCUUAUUUUGAAAUUGUGACGUAUUUUAUAUUGGCAAUACUGUCUAAAACUGCCCAAUCAGCUUUCUAAAGUGCAGUGACGACAUCCAUGAAUAAUUUUUAAUCUGUGAUAGAUAUCACCUUUUAAAAAUCUACAACCCACUGCUUAGCGAGCUACCCAACUGAGAUGUCAAUUAAAUAUGCUUAAAACUAUCUCUCUAUACAGCGUAUAUAUUUAAUUGACUCUUGUUGAAUAUAUUCUAAAUUACCAUAUUUUAAUGAGUUAUGUAGGCGUAAAUUAAGUGUUGCAUGUACAAAUAAUAGUUAAUUAGCAAAUAUUAGCAUGUAUAGAUUCUGAUUGUUGCCUGGUGCGGUCGACAUGUUUCGCUAGUACAAGUUUAUAAAGGCAUGUAAAAAAUUAAAAAGAAAGUUCCAUAUUUAAAAAAUAGUUUCACUGUUUCAAGAUUCGAAUUGGGGUCACAUUCAGAGGUCAUUCACCUCAUACGUAUUUUUUUUUCAUUUAAAAAAAUAGGCGGUUUGAGAUUCAAAUUUGGAAUUACCUUUCAGAGCUCCUAGACGCUAACAGUGGAAAAAGGUUUUAUUGUUAGAUUUAGAUAAUUUGGUUGUGGUGUAAUGAUUGUUGCACUUUUAAAACUUAUACUAGCGUGACGGUAUCUUUUGUUGUUAUUUUUUAUUACUUUAUCGGGGUCCACAUUUUUCGACAUUUUGUUUACUUUAUUUAGUUAUUUUUAGACAAAUGCUGUUAAAGUACACUUUGGAAUAAGUUUUGUAUAAAUUUAUAGUCACUGUAGAGCAUGGAGCGUUUCUAUAUGGUUUGUUUAGUUUUAAUUCCAUGUCUUAUUAAUUUCUACAUUGGCACUGUUAUUUUUAGUUUGUUUAUUUCAAAAAUGUUUAAAAUAAAUGUUUCCUUACUCACCUUAUUUGUUUAGUUUUUUUUAAGCUCCAUUAAAAGCUAGAUUUGACACAGUUGAGAGCAAGCUUGACAGCGAAACAUAUCUUCUGACAUUAUUAAAGUCAAUUCAGUCAGGUUCGUAAUUCGACUAAACAUACGACGUUUUCAUUUUGAACCAGUGUUUUAUUGAACUCCAUUGACUUAUUUCGUGUCAGAAGACUUUGAUAUCUACCCUAAAUUAUAAAUAGGAUUAAAGCUUUGUAUAUUAUAGAACUUAAGAGUGCUUUGAACUCAUUCAGUUUACCUACAGACAAAAGAAAUAUAUUGUAAUAGAAUCGAAAUAUACCUGUCGGAUUCAUCGGAGAAAUGAGGUCAGAAUUAUAUUUUGUUAAGGAUAAUAUACUUUUAUUUAGCUUCAGAAAUCGCCGUUUAAAAUCACAUAAAUGCCUUACGAUAAGCUUAUUUUAUUUAAUAAACAUAGACAUUUGUUUAUAAGGAUUUAUGCAUUGUCUUCCGUGCUUCGCGUCUACACAUUAUCCGCAAAAUCCUGUCUUGGUUGGGACCAAGAGAUCCAUUUCGAAAAGCAAUAUUUUACUCCCGAGUGAAAAAAGUGCCUAUUAAUGUGUAGAAUUUGUGUUGUGCCAUAAUUGUACGAGUAUUCUUAGGUUUUUAACUUUUCCUAAUUUUGUGGUAAUCGGAUAAAUGGUAAUUUGUAAAUAAGGAUUUUGUUUGUUACCGCUAACUAGCUAUAUAUUUUGUUACGAUAUAUUGACUAGACUAAUCGGUUUAAGAUCGCAAAUUGUUUUCCUUGUAUUUCGCAUGUAUAGUGAGAAUAAAAUUACUUAACUA